UUGUGUAUAGUAUUGUGCGUGUAUGCUAUUGUCCCUUACAGCUGAGGUGUCUGCUCAGAGCUGUGGGAUCGCAGCGUAUCCCCAGAUCCGCGUGGUGAACGGCGUGGAGGCUCGUGCCAACUCCUGGCCUUGGCAGGCGCUCGUGCAGAGGUACUCUGGAGGAAGAUGGGUCAACUACUGUGGAGGAACCCUCAUUGAUAGUCAAUGGGUGCUCACCUCUGCGAGCUGCUUCACGAGUGGCUACAGCUACAGGGUGGUGCUGGGAAAGCACAGUGUGUCCACAUCUGAGUUCGGGGAGGUCACCCCUCCAUUGAGCCUGGCCGUCUGGCAUAGCUACUGGAAUCCCAGCAUGCCGGCGAACGGGUGA